UGCAGUUUAAGCAUUUAUAACUUGGGUUAGAGUGACCUAAACUGCACACACCACUACCAAAGAAUGGGUUUCUCUUCAGAUGCUUUCAAACCUCUUUAGUAUUUGUGUCUUUGUGCUCAUGUUGUUGGUGAAGUGAAGCACAGAGAGGAUUCAUUAACUGCUAAAAGACACAGAACGUGUUCAGAAUUAAGAGUGAAGAUGCUGGUGUGGUUUGUGUUUGGUGAAGAUUUCUUUGCAAAAGUCGGGGGGAAAGUCACAUUGAAGUGUGGGGUCAGCAGCUACAGACGCUCUCUGCAGUGGCUUCAUGGAAAUGACCUUCUUCAUAGUGUUGAUCAGAGAGGCUUCCCUCGCAGAGGCAGUGUUGAUCUUGCACGGAGGUCAGUUGUGAGACAGACGAAUCUGGAAAUCUCCAGUGUGAGAGAAACAGAUGCUGGACGGUUCACGUGUUCGGCAGAUGGGACACGUCAUGAACAUUCACUUUCUGUGUUUUCAGGGACUCAGGAGGUGGGCAGGGAUGGUAAACUAUCGUCUUUUUCUGAUGUUAUGAGGGUUUUUCAUGUGUCUAAUGAAUUUGGAUCAAGUCCCUUGUUCAUCAUGGCCUCCUCUCUCGCUUUAUGCUUCUCACUGUGUCCUCACCUCCUGCUGACAGUGUCGGUCUCUGUCAGUCCCACUGCUGAUCUCUUGCUGGGCAGUGAGGCAACGCUCCAGUGUGACGUGAAAGGUCUCAUUGAAGGUUGUGAAGUGAAGUGGAGGAGCCCAAUUGUAGAUUCACCUGAGUGGUCACCAACAGCUCAACUCAACCCUGUAACAAGCUCACAUAAUGGGACCUGGGAGUGUAUCAUCACCUGUGGCAGCGAUCAGCUUAGUGAGCAUCUGACCAUCACAGUCCAAGAGCCGCCUCCUACAACAUCAACAACAACAACAGCUUCACUGUGCAGCUCGAAGGAUAGCCCAAAGACCACCUUUGCUAUUGUGUGCUCAGCUUUGCUUUCUUACUUCCUGCUGUGAUUAAUAAAUA